ACACAUGCGCAGCUAUUUUGUUUACGAUUCCUGUAGUUGUCAGUGGCAGCGCAACGCAUCAUAGGGAAGUUUGAAUUUUUACAAUUGCAUUAAGAUGGAAGAACUUCUAAAAGCUGGUGUGUUUAUAGAUGAAAUCUACACCGUGCGAGUUGAGCAUCCAAACCUUUCCAGUAGCAAAAUAAAGUUUAAACAAGAAUGCUUUAAAUACAGCAAAGCAUUCACAAUUUUUAAAAAGUUUGUGUUUAAUUAUUGUAAUAUAUCUAAAAUCUUUGCUAAAGAUGUCGAUAAGGAAAAACUGCGCGCUAUUGGUACACAAAAUCAAUUAAAAACGGCAUUUAUUCAGCGCCAGAGUAUGCAGCAAGUCUAUCAAUAUGAGAUAUUUGAGCAAACAGUAGAACUUGAUCGCUUAAAAGGCGAAUUGCAGUUUUUACAGCGAAUUGAAACUGAACAACAUGAAAUAAUAAACAGUUUUUUUGUCAAUCAAUAUUAAAAUUUAA